AUGCAUACAUACAUUUAUAUUUACAUAUUAGUUCCACUUAUGGUUACUUCUAUAUCUGCGGAAGAAUUUCAACGUUUUCAAUCUCAAUUACUUGAUUUACGUGAAGCACAAAUUACAGCAAAUGAUGCAAAACUACGUGCAGAGAAACGUAUUAAACAAUUAGAAGAAGAAUUAAUUUAUACACAAUCAGCAUUAACUAAUGCUCAAACUACAUUUUCUGAUCAUAAUUCAUUAUUAGAAGAAUUAAAACAAGAGAAUAAAUUAUUACGUGAUAAAUUAUUUAAUACUGAAUCAUCAUUUCAAUUACAAUCAUCUACAUUACGAGCUGAAUGUUAUCGGUUAACUAAUGAAUUAGAUAAAUUAUCACAACAAUUAUCAUCCAAUCAUACAGAUACUACUAAUACUACUACUACUACUACUAAUAAUAAUAAUAGUAGUAGUCGACAAGAUGAUUUUUGUCAAACAAUGAUCAUUAACUUACAACAUCAAUCAAUUCAAACGAAUAAUGAUCCAAAUUGUGAAUUGAAUCAAAUUCCCGCAUUUUUAAUGAAUGACAUAGAAAAUCUCACAAAUUCAUUAAAACAAGCUAAUUACACUCAUGAUCAAUUAAAACAAACCAUUGAACAAUUGAAUAAUAAAGUUGAUACCAUUGAAAAUCAAAUAUCAUUUGAUAUAUUCAAUGCUCAACAAACCAUUAGAAAAUUAACUCAAGAAAAUAAAUCCCUUUUAAUAGAAUUAAAUAAAUCUCAAGAGAAAUGUCAUGAAUUGAAUAUUAUUGAAAGUGAAUUACGUAAUCAAAUAGAUGUGAUAAAACGUCGUAGUGAAAAAUUAAAUCAUGAAUUAAGACGUCAAUUAAGUCGAUUUAUACGUAAUCAACAUAAUGGUGAUAUUGAUACAUCUAUACAACAAUUAAGAAAGAAUUCAUUACAUUCAUCAUCAUCUUCAUUAACUAGUAGUAAUAUAAUCUUAGGAACUUCAACAUCUAAUGGAAUAUCUAAUGAAAUGAUGAAUGAUUCAAUGAUGAUGAAUAAUAAAUUAUCAAAUGUAUCUAUGCCAAAAAAUACUAGUUUUCAUGAAAUGCCUCCAGGAUUUUUUUCAACAGCUGACUUUAAAGCUAUAAUCGAUCGAAUGUCAGAAGUUCAAGAAGAAAAUUGUACUCUUCGAAGAUGUAAAAAACGUUUGGAAGCAGAUUUAAUGGCUAAAAGCAAAGUUAUACAAAAGAGAUUAGAUGAUUAUCUUCAAUCUCCAUUAAUUUAUCAUGGUAACAAUGACACUGUCACUGCUACUACUACUACUACUACUUCAAUACCAACUUCAGCAGUAUCCUCAAGUCAGUAUCGAUCAGUUCCGUCAAGUAUUUCACCGUACACAUCUGCAACUACUCCAUCGUCUUCGUCAUCAUCAUCAAAUUUCCCUAAUUCAACGACAUGGUUUCCAUUUUUGAGAAAUCUCACUUUAACAUCGGACUCAUCAACACUGACAUCAGCGUCAACAUCAUUAUCCAGUGUGAAUUUACAAACAGUUAAUCGAUUGAAAUUCAUGUGUGAACAAUUAAUGACAGAGAAUAUUGAAUUAAAAGAGAAAUUACAAAGUAUACCAUAAUCAAUUUUGUCCUGAUCCCGACAGAUAAAUAAGAUUGUGUAUGUGUGAGUGUUUGUAUGUAUAGAUAUGCGUUCUUUUUUCAACAUACUAUUUGUAUCAUUUUUAUUGAAGAAACUUUUAUUCCAUUCCAGUGUUGUUGUGUGUAUGUGUUUAUUUACUUUUCGGUGCUGUUCGAUUUUUAGAGUUUGUUUCUUUUCUCUCCAUUACUUUCUUGUUGCUCAGAUCUCAUCAUUUGUUUAUUGUUUCUAUAAUGAAAAACACAGAUUAUUUACUUACUUAUUAUUUACUUACCUGUGUAGUUUGAUUUCCC